CUCUCUACCCCUCACUUCGAUACCAUGAGUGGCCUGUUUGGGAAUAGUGCUACUUCGGGUUCCACAGGCUCAACUGGAGGAAAUAUAUUCGGAGCAGGGGGAAAUACCGCAGGGUUGUUUGGGAAUGCUGCAAAACCACCUCAGGCAGGAAGCCUAUUUGGUUCUGGUGGCAGCGGAGGUGGCAGCCUUUUUGGCUCUACAGGCUCCACUCCUGCAGCAGGUCCUGGGCUUUUUGGUGGCUCAAACACUUCUGCACCGGCGGCGAACACGUCUACUGGAGGGUCCACUACCUCCCAGUCUUCGACUAACCCUCUGUUCAGUGGAAGUGCUUUUUCACUACCGAAACCAGACCAAGGUUCAAAGAACGAACACCAGCCAGCAACACCUAGUCUCUUCGGCCAGUCAAACAAUGCUGCACCGACAUCUUCUACCUCUGCUGCGCCUGGUUUUGGCGGCGGCCUCUUCGGUGCAUCUACGAAACCAGCGGAGAAAUCAACUGCCAAUCCGGCUUCAGGCUCUGGAAACACGUCCUCUUCGGCUACUGCAACAACAGCACCCAGCACAUUCUCAGGUGGUCUGUUUGGAAAACCUACAACCCCAACCGGCCCGGCCCCUGCAUCAGCCGCUGUUACUGGGACAAGUGCGUCUGGAGGAACUCGCGAUGUUACCCCAGGGUUCUCGCUCCCCGCUAGCACAGCUCCAGCUGGCAGCCUCUUUGGCGCCGCUAAGCCGACAGAGAAGAAGGAUGAUAAGCCACCAGCUACUGUUACCGCAUCGGGAGGACUGUUUGGUGCAUUCAAAACUGACGAGAAAAAGGAUGCAGGCACAGGUUUCUCAGGUGGAGUGUCACUAGGAAAGCCUGAGGCAAAGGAGGCUGAUAAGAGCAGUUCAGCUGGGUCGGUAGCCCCCGUAGUCGCCGUUCCACCACCUUCCAUGCUCCGAGGAAAAACGAUCGAAGAAAUCGUGAACAAAUGGCACUCAGAACUUGAAACUCAUGUACGGGAAUUCAACAACUUCGCUGCCGAAGUGGCGAUGUGGGAUCGCGCCCUCAUCGAAAACGGGAAUAACCUCGCUGCGUUAUAUAGCCACGUACUUCAGGCGGAACGCGAACAAAAUGAAGUUGACCAGUCUUUAGACCACAUUGAACAGCAACAAAAGGACCUGGCAGUCACGCUAGAUUCAUAUGAGAAGGUCACCGAGGAAGUCUUCGGUGGGGCUGGAGGGAGUCUACGAGCCCUCGAUACGGGUCCAGCCGAUACAGAAAGAGACAAAAAUUACAUGCUCGCAACCGACCUCCAUACUCAUCUGGACGACCUUUCGAAUUCUCUCACUCAAAUGAUCGAAUCUGUGAACAGCUUAUCGAUACCAGCUGGCUCGGAUACAUGUUCUGAAAAUCCGAUGACUCAAAUUUCACAAAUUCUCAGCACUCAUCUGGAGAGCUUGCAAUGGAUAGACGGUGCAGUGAGGGAGGUAGAAGGGAAAGUUUCAGAGGUUGAAAAGAGAAUCAAAGAGUCAGGUCACGCUACUAGUUUAAACGCAACCAGUGCAAAACAGAGAGGAUUCGGUCUGCGUUGAGAAAUCAUUUCAUGUAUAUAUAUAUUUAUCGCAUCAUGAAAAUUACAAAACUGUAG